AUGGCGGCAGCUCCAUCCAUCCAGCCGCCGAUCGUCCACUCUUCUCUAGCCGGGGAGAGCGCACUUUCCCCGGAGAUGGACAGCCCCGAGAGCCGGCAGCCGGAGGAUGAGGAGGCGGCGGCCGCAGCAGCAGCGCAGCCCGACUCGGAGAUCAGCCUCCGUGACCUGCCGGACCUGGAGCCGGAGGAGAUCGAGAAGAGGCUCGCAAAAACUCGCCAGGAGCUGAGCAACAGGAGGAAAAUCCUCAUUAAGAACCUGCCGCCUGACACCACUAACCAGGAAGUCCAUGAGAUUCUGAAAGAAUAUGAACUAAAGUACUGUUUUGUGGACCGCAACAAAGGCACAGCUUUUGUGACUUUGCUGAACGGGGACCAGGCUCAGGAUGCCAUCCGCUCCCUCCACCACAGCACUGUCCGGGGACGCUUGAUCAACGUCACGCUGCAGCCCACCGACUCCCUGCUCUGCCUCACCAACCUGCCCCACACCUUCACUGCCCAGCAGUUUGAAGAGAUGGUACGCGCCUACGGGAAUAUUGAGCGCUCCUUCCUGGUGUACAGCGAGCUGACGGGCCACUCCAAAGGAUAUGGGUUUGUUGAAUACAUGAAAAAGGAUUCUGCUUCACGGGCCCGUUCUGAGCUGCUGGGCCGACCGCUGGAUGAUCGAUCAUUGAUGGUGCAGUGGAUGGAUGUCAACCAACUGAGCCAAGAGGAAAAUCUGCAUUCCAAGUGUCUGUGUAUAAACCGGCUGCCGCUGGACCUCUGUGACUCUGAAGAACUGACCCAGCUCUUCUCGGAAACAUACAAACCUGUCUUCUGCCAGCUUGCUCAGGAUGAGGGCAGCCCUGUCCGAGGUUUCGGUGUGGUGGAGUAUGAGAGCUCGGAGCAGGCGGAGGCUGUAUUGAUAGAGAUGGACCGGACACCGGUGGGAGGACAGGAGGUCCGUUUGUCACUCUGUACCCCCGGCACCUCAGGGAGAAGCACCCUGGCUGCACUCAUCGCCGCCCAGGGUAUGAUUCUGAGUAAUAGGAAAGGUCUGCUACCAGAACCCAACUUAGCCCAGCUGUUGACCAGUAUGACCAACCCUGCUGCCCUGCAGAUCCUCAUGAGGCCGUAUCACACUGGUAAAAGAGGAGGGAAGUACGGGCGUCACACCAACAUGCCAUUCCUCAGACCUCCUCUCACCACAGCUCUGCUCACGCUGGGAAAAGCACACCAGAAUGCUAUGCUGGGUAAUGGACUAGUCCUCCAGAACCUCUUGCAUAUGCAGCUCGCACAGCAACAGCUCCUUCACAUCAAAGACAAACGCAUCAGCAGCGUCGCCAGUCUGCUCGGGGACCCGUCCAGGCUGCUGAUGCAGAAAGCUUUGUCUCUGCGGCAUCCAGGCCUUGUGCCUCUGGGGAAAGGCCUCCUGGGAGACUCGCCUACAGAGUUGGGACAGGACUCGGUGCAAUCAUCUACACAAAAUGCUACGGUAGUGGUAUCGGCAGCAGGUGUGAUGCCAUACCUCCAGGGUCGAGGUGGCGCGGGAGAACAAAACAGCACCCAUUCAAUCUUCACAAACCCUCCUGCUUCCUCCUCCGCCUCCUGUGACAGGCAGCCAGCUCCUCCUGGGACCAUGAUGAGCUCCCAUCCGCAGGGACAGAGCUACUCCUUGGGUAUCAGUAACUCAGGCCUCGGGCCGCCUCCACCUAAACCCCCUGGAGGAGUUUAUACCUCAGUAGGCCAGCACAACAGCACUGAUGGCUGCCCCCUGUCUACCAUGGUAAGCGGUGGUCAGGGUUCUCUGUUGGGCGAUCCUCCUAAAGAAGUCAGACUGCCCUCCAAUCCUUAUCUGAACCUGGCCAGUGUGAUGCCAGGGGUGGUUCUGCAAGGGUCAGUGGGAAGUAAAGUCCAUGGAGGACAGCCUGGCUCCGGGAUGUACGGCAGCUCGGUAGCUCCCGUCGUGUCCCAGGGCUCCGGCUCCUUUUCCCACAGCGCGGCAGCUACAACCACAGCCCAAUACAGCACUGAUACCUCCACUGACUACAGCCAAUACAACCAGGCCUACACACAGGAGGCCAUGCAGCAGUGGUACCAGCACUAUCAAGCACAAGCACAAGCUCACACCUAUGGCACCGCUGCUUCACAGGACAACACGGCCACAGACUACAGCAAGGAGCAUGCACAGGCUCCUCCGGUGUCGACCUACGGGGAUUACAGUUCCUACAUGCAGGCGGUCACCCAGUACUACUCCCAGCCUGCAACAGCCAACCAGGCUUACGCCAGCAAGGAGGUAGAUGUGUGUAAGCCACUAGGAGUCUCUCUGCACGCAGUCAGUAACGGCACCGCCCCUCCACCGGCCGUCCUGCCAGCUGCUGCCGUGCUCCCAGCCUACAGCACCCUGCCUUUAAUGCCUGGCUUCCUCGGGGCGCCACACCCGGCUGCGGCCACGCCAAGCCCCGUCACACACACACACACUGCUGCCACUGACUGGAACACCUACUACUAUAACCAGACAAGGGGCCAUAAGAGGGAGUACCCUCAGCUGGCGGUGCAGGAAGUGACAUCAUCAGAUGGUGCCUACAUCGGUCAGCACUCCCAGGGCCUGGGAGGGCAGUACGCUGACUACUUUAAGAGGAAGAGGCUGUAG